UCACUCGCUGCUUCCUGAUCCUGGACCUCCUUAAAAAACACCAACCUGCCUGCAGGCCGUGACUGGUGGACUCUGAACGAUCUAAAGCCGCUUUAAUCCGACGUGCAGCAGCUGACCGUGUGGCCGCACCGCUGACUGGCCGGAUGGCUUUGCUUUUGUGUGGAAGAGGCUUGUUUAAAUGCAGGACGGCCGUGGAAGUCCCACUGCGUCUCUGCUCUUCGAUGUCCUCUGGCAAGCAGCGUGUUAACGGUGUUGAUCUGUACUACGAGCAAACAGGAAGAGGGAAACAUGCUGUUCUGUUGCUUCCUGGUGCUUUAGGGAGCACAAAGACAGAUUUCGGUCCUCAGCUGAAGUCUCUGAACAAAGAACGCUUCACUGUGGUCGGCUGGGAUCCUCGCGGAUACGGCCAGUCCCGUCCCCCGGAUCGAGACUUCCCUUCUGACUUCUUUGAGAGAGAUGCCAAGGAUGGAGUGGCUCUGAUGAAGACUCUAGGCUUUAAUAAGUUCUCCCUGCUGGGUUGGAGCGACGGGGGAAUCACUGCUCUGAUUGCUGCUGCAAGGAAUCCGGAACUGAUAAAUAAGAUGGUCGUCUGGGGAUCUAAUGCCUUCGUUUCUGAGGAUGACCUCAAGCUCUACAACAUGGUUCGUGACGUCUCCAAGUGGAGUGCAAGGAUGCGGGAACCCAUGAACGAAGUGUACGGAGCGCAAGCAUUUCCUAAAAUAUGGGAGAAUUGGGUGGAUGGCAUUGCUCAGUUUGUAAACAGACCAGAGGGAAGUAUCUGCAUUGAACUUCUACCGCUGAUCAGCUGUCCAACCCUGAUCAUCCAUGGAGAGAAAGACCCGAUGGUCCCCAGCUUCCACCCACAUUACCUCCACAAAAACAUAAAAGGGUCACGGUUGCAUUUAAUGCCAGAGGGAAAGCAUAAUCUUCACCUGAGGUAUGCUGAGGAAUUCAACAAACUAGUUGAAGACUUCCUGGAAGAAUGAGGCAACCCACCAACUGUUUUCUAGCCAACAAACACAAAUCUUUGUGUGAACUAAUUUUGUAUAAUUUUCUUGCAAAUUUUCAAUUUCUUUUUCCAAAUAAAAAAUGCAAAGAUCUCAUUUC